AUGAAAUACGCCAUCGCUACCGUCGCCAUCCUGGCCAGUCUGUUCGGCCAAAUCAUCGCCUUGAGAAGUACCGGGGUCUACGAGAUUCAAUCCGCACGCUCUGGAGAUGUUUGGGGGAUUCAACAAUCCAUCGGUGUCAAACAUCAGGUUGAGAUAGUACACUACACCCGGAAGCACUGGCGUCUAGUCGCUUCCGGUCCCGACUUCUUUAUAGAAAACAUCUACACCGAGGGGAUGCUUGCCUGCAAAUAUCAGUGCAAAGUGGACACACUUGGAAACGAUGCACAGCUUUUCAGAGUCAUCCAGAAUGAUGAUAAUACCUUCACCUUCCAACUCUCGGGAACUCCGCUAGUGGUAGCAGCUGGGGAGGGUGCUGAGUUGGAAGCUCAACACUCGGAUCCAUCAGUUGAUGCGGCCUUCCUUCUUCAUCCAAUCGACAGCGAGUGUGAGUGA